AGUGAAAGUUGUACACAAUAUGUAAUAGAGGUAGUAUGAGACUAAGAGAGCACCAUAAUUUCUUUUUUCUUCGCUUUUUAAUGUUUUAACUCUAAUUUUUUUUUACUGUAUCUAAUUGUGAAAUUUGUUUCUUCAAGUAGGAGAGAGGGAGAAAAAAAAAAGUGUUGGAGGAGGAGGGGAGGAGUGAGUGAGUGAGUGAGAAAGAGUGAAUUAGCAAAACCAGUCUCGUGAAGCAGAAAAAUGGAGAUAGAAAAAAAAAAAAAAAAAAAAGAAGAGAAAAUUUAACGGAAAUAAAUGCUUAAACCCAACCUCCCCUGCUUCUCUUUCUCUUCUCUUCUCUUCUUCCUCCUUUCUCUCUCCUCUUUCUCUCUCUUCUGUAAAAAUAAACCUCUAAAAUAAAAUUAAAAAUUAAAAACCCCAACACCCUUUCCCUUCCUAAGUUUAAUAACACUCACAUUCUUUGCUUUCCCCUUUUCUUUCACAAGAUCCCCAUCUUUCUCUCUCUUCUUACUUUCUCUCUCUUCUUACUUUCUCUCUCUACAAUUUUACAUGUCUUCUUCCUCCUCCGCCUCCUCCUCUUCUAACCCAUUUCUCACAUUCACAUUGUUCUAGAUUAUACCCAGAUUUUUGUUUUGUUUUUUUUUUUUUUUUGGGAAUUUAAUUUUGAUUUUCUGGGAUUUUGAAGGGGUUAAAAAUGGCGAAUACAGGGAAACCCAUAUCAGAGUUAGGGAUAGAUACUCUUUCAGAUCGAUUGAAAGACUCGUUUACUAACAAUAAACCCGAUUUCAGAGAACUCGAUCUGGGUUCACCCGUUUCGCCUUUACGAACCACUCGAACGAGUGGACCCGCUCCGAGUUCACUCACUACUACCACCACUACGACAACGACUACAACUAGCAGUUCUUCGAGCUCAUCUGGGUCGUUUUCGGGUCGGAAGAAUGAUUCGAACCCGGUUUCAAAGGGUCACUCCGGCGAGCUCACCGGGUCAACCGAGUCUACCCCACGAACCCGGCCGGGUCAUAAACGGUCCGACUCGUGCGGGUCAACCGGGUCCCACCCGUUAAUUUACUCCGGUGGAGGUGGAUCGACGGUGAAUUCGCCGCCGUUAAAUGUUUUGCCGACGGGUAAUAUCUGCCCGCCGGGCCGGGCCUUGAAGACGGGUAUGGCAGCUGCCCGGCCCGUUUUGCGGCCCGAUGUGUUAGGAUUAGGAACGGGUAAUUACGGUCAUGGGAGUAUAAUGCGGUCAGGGAACGUUGCGCCGCGCUCAGGGGAAAUGCUUGUCGGUGGUGGUGGAGGUGGGGAUCCGGUGAAGCGGGCGAUAUCGAGUUCGGAUCCGGAAGAGGUGAAGAGGUUGGGGAAUGAGCAGUAUAAGAGGGGUCAUUUUACGGAGGCGUUGAGUUUGUAUGAUAGAGCAAUUGAGCUUUCGCCGGGCAAUGCCGCUUAUCGGAGUAACCGGGCAGCGGCGUGGACGGGUUUGGGGCGUGUUGGAGAGGCGGUUAGAGAUUGUGAGGAUGCUGUAAAGUUGGAUCCUGAUUAUGGAAGGGCUCACUUGAGAUUAGGGUCUUUGCUUAUUAGGUUAGGACAGGUAGAUGUUGCUAGGAAACACCUAUUCUAUGCAGGACAUCAGCCUGAGGCAACAGAACUCCACAAAUUACAAGCAGUGGAGAAGCAUUUAAAUAGAUGUUUUGAUGCUCGGAAAUUUGGAGACUGGAAAAGUGCAUUGCGGGAAGGAGAUGCUGCAAUUGCUGCUGGAGCUGACUAUUCUCCUCAGCUUUUCUCUUGUAGAGCAGAAUCCCUUUUAAAGCUCCAGCAACUAGAUGACAUAGAUAGCAUUCUUUCACAUAUACCGAAAGUUGAACCAUCUCCGAACUGCUGCUCACAGAGUAAGUUUUUUGGGAUGCUUUCUGAGGCUUACCUCUUUUAUGUCCGAGCCCAGAUCGAGAUGGCAUUUGGAAGGUUUGAGAAUGCAGUUACCUGUGCUGAGAAAGCUGGGAAGAUUGAUCCUAGAAAUAUUGAAGUUGCAAAACUACUAAACAAUGUGAGGCUAGUGGCAAGAGCUCGUGCACGUGGAAACGAUCUCUUCAAAUCAGAGAGGUUUACAGAAGCUUGCGCAGCUUAUGGAGAAGGCUUGAAGCUUGACCCUUCCAACUCGGUUCUUUUUUGCAACCGAGCUGCCUGCUGGUUUAAACUUGGGAUGUGGGAGAAGUCAAUUGAAGAUUGCAACUCUGCUCUUCGCAUUCACCCUAAUUACACCAAGGCACUUCUUCGAAGGGCUGCCUCAAAUAGCAAGCUUGAACAAUGGGCUGAAGCUGUUAGAGAUUAUGAAUUUUUGAGGAAAAAACUUCCACAAGACACUGAAGUUGCUGAAGCUUUAUUCCACGCUCAAGUUGCAUUGAAGAAAUCACGUGGUGAAGAGGUUUUCAACAUGAAGUUUGGUGGUGAUGUAGAGGAAAUUUUAACCUUUGAGCAAUUCAGAGCUACGAUAUCUUCACCAGGUGUUUCUGUCAUUCAUUUUGAAAUCCCCUCAAAUCCACAAUGUAAGCGCAUAUCUUCUUUCUUGGAUAUGCUGUGUGGUCGAUACCCUUCCAUCAAUUUUCUCAAGGUGAAUGUCGAGGAGAUCGCAGACGUUGCUACUGCAGAAAAUGUCAGGAUUGUACCAACGUUCAAGAUUUACAAGAAUGGUGGUCGGGUGAAGGAGAUUGUAAACCCAACAAGUGACGUGUUGGAAGCGACGGUGAGACACUAUAGUCUUUAACACACGACUACUGUUAUCUAUAGUUUACCCUGAGUUUUUCCGGAAAUUAUCUUCUUACUGCAACCUUGCCAAUCCAACCUAAUGCCUCUCAAACAGCAGUUAUUGGCGGGAUGCCUCCCAGUUACAAAAAUCAAAUCUUAUUCCCAUCAAUGUGAGGAUUAUUGCUAGUUCACCUGUGCCAUAAAAACCUGAGCAGCAUAGCAAUCCCAUUUUAGGAGCCAAUGGCAGAAGGAACCAGGGGAGAUAGCUUAGAACCCCAUCUUUCCCCCUUCCCUUUUGCACCUUAUAAAAUUUAUUCAUUCAUUGUCCACCACCCUCUCUGGUUCCACCUUUGUCUACCCCAUAUCGCCUUUUAAUUUUUUAAAAUUUGCUUUUCAUUUUCACUAAGCCAGCACCAUUCUUGUAAAACCCCACCCUUGCCCCUUAAAUCUCAGUUCGAUAAAGAAGAGAAAUCCAAGAUGUGUGUAUACUUCGGUUAGGUGCAGUCGAGAAGAAGCGAGAAGACAGAAUAGACGUGGCUGGCUGGCUGGUAGGAAAGAGGGAAUCUGUACAUGUAUAUAUGUUGAUAUAUACAAAAAAUACAAUUCAAGGCCAUAAUGGAGAUUGGAUGUCUGGUGGGUAAUCAUGGGUUAGUGAAUAGAAGGAUGAAUAUGAUCAAUUGAAUGUUUUUUUUUCUUUUUAAAAUUAUUUGUUGUUACUUUUGCUCAACCAUUUCAAUUAUUUCAUCAAUAAAAUCCCCCUCCCCCCAAUUUUCCCCCCA